AUGUGCAAGGACAAGGGUUUUGGGAGAAGAACCUCUGGUUUCAGAAGCAACCGUCUGAUCAUAUUCGAUUCGAUUCGUAUUCCAAAGGGUAUUAUAGACAUUUUGGCGAUGACUCCACGAAGCAAUCGCCCUCGUGGACUUGUGCUCAAAUACGUGCUUCAGUUCGCAUUGUUUGCAGCCUUCAGCCUUUGGGUACUAUACCAAAUCCGACAACCCAACAAUGAUAUCAUGCCACUCGGGCGCCACGUCAGCACCGACCAUGUUUCCAACUUCUUGGGCCGAAAGGGUAGUUUCGGAAUACCAAAGUCAACCCCUGUCUCUCUCUCAGCUUUGACUCUAGAAGAUGUAACGAACCCCGGUGAAGAAGGCGAGAUUGCUGCCCGGUAUUCAAAAGGGAUCGAGGAAGUAGAGUUUCGCAGCAAGGCGGGAUCUUUAAAAGAGGGAAAUGACGAUAAUGCCCUUGUGUUGACCGUGGCAAAGUCAAACAUUAGCUAUCCGGAUGAAAACGGGAUGCCACAACAUAUUCGUGACAAGUUUGUCGGGAUUCAAAGUGUGAUUGGUGUGGGCCACGAAAAUGAAAGCAAUGUCACGUUACAAGAGUCUUGACAGGUGGCAUUGUUUGUAGGUUUGGUUUUUUGUCUUUUUUUGUACAGGUAAAAAAAGUAGAUACUACUGAUUUUACUGGUUUUCGUUUAGAUGAAUACAAAGUAAAAAGGUAUUGAAAUGAAUGAAAUGUUGAUGGAAUAACGAGCCUGAUUUGUAGCGUAAUGGGGAGAUUAUGAUAAACUUUUGGGUGUUUUAGUAUUAUUGAAAUAUCGAAAGGUUUUAGGUUUCGUUUUUAAGAAAUCUUGUUUGG